AUGGAUUCUUUGAUGGAGCAAUCGGCAAGCGGUCACGCCACGCCACCACCACAUACCCCCGCCAGCCAAGAGGCGCUGAGCAAUUGGAAUUCACUUGAAGUGAGUGAUAGUCAAUUUGGUGAUAUUUUGACUUUUAUGGGGGAUGUGUUGGACAGCCAAAUUAGGCACCUCUCGCGCGUAAAGCGAGAUCAGAUAUUGAUUUCGUUGCGCGAGAGGUUGCAAGUUAGCCUCGGAGGGGAACUUGACCAUGCAGGUAGCUCGCACUCCGCUCUUUGUGAUAAAUUCCAAAUGAGCGUCGAGGAAUUGCUUGAGUAUAUACCCAUGGCCAGUUCCCACAGCCAAAUGGUAGUGAGGUUAGGGGCUAGGCUGGGGUGUGAGAUAGAUGAGGUAGAGGCCGUAGUUGAGGAUAAGGCCGCAACUAUAGCCGAUCUGGAAAACAGAUUGGCCGCCUCACAAUCUAAGAUUAGGCUAGAGGCUUUGAACAGUGCAAGGAGAGAGGAAGAUUUGCAGACGCAAAUAUUAGUAUUACAGGAACGUGUAAAGGAACUCUCCGGCCCCUCUCAGGAUUCACCAGCCACAGCUUCGGCAAGCCUAGUCGAGGGUGAGUGUGAACUUUCAUAUUCUGUUCGGGAAAAUUACCGAACAUUACAAAGUGUCAACAAUCGUGUUCAGGGAUCCCGCGUACGUCGAGAAGCGACCGCUGGGCCACACUGCGACCCACCCCGAGCCUCACCCAAGUCGUCGCGACCAUCGUCGGCCAUGUCCUCCCAAGGAUCAACGAUCAGUGAGUCCCUAUCGAUUAUUGAUAUGGGAUCUAGGGAUGGGAUAGGUGCUGGGAACCCGGUUAGGGAUAUGUUUACUAUGUUUAAAGAAGUUUUUAAAGCACAAAGCGUGGCCAGCGUGCCACGAUACACGGGUAAAAAUUCCCUGAGUGAUUUCCUCCGGGCGCUGGAAGUGAAAUUCCCAGCAAGCGUGUGGCAGGACCGGGAUAGGAGGGAUAUCCUGGUUAACCACCUGGAGGGCACGGCUAAGGCAGUGUUUAAAAGCCUGCCACAAAGCGUGCGGGAAGGGAGCUUUAAGGGUGUAGUAGAAGCCCUAAAGCAAGCGCGAAGAAACCCCUGCGACCGUUUAAAGAAUAUAAGAGAGUGGGAACAACUCUCAAAACGGAAUGGGGAAACCGUGGUGGAUUUCUGCUGCAGGAUGGAGGAUCUCUCUAGGAGAAUCCAUCCUAGUUGCGAAUGGGAUUUCAUUCGCGGCUCCAAGCUGUAUUCAUGCUUGGAGAGUUGGCAGGACUCCUACCACAUGCUUGCUGCUUUAGACUCGCCUGAAGGGCAAGUCUACGAAGCAGUCAAGAAGGUAGCAAGGAGGCUGGAGAAGCUUCAAGAUGGAGCGGUGAGGCACCCUAGUGACUCGAAUGUUCGGGCAAAGAGGGUAAAUGCCUAUGUGAAGCCGCAAGUUGAAGCCAGAUACCCAGCGGGUCCUAGUAAACCCCUUGUUAGUGGUGCAACUAAUAAGGCCCCUGUAAAAUGUUUUACUUGUGGCGAAGUUGGCCACAUCUCUUCAAGAUGUGAUAAGAGGAAUCAAAGCACAGCUAAUCGAUUUCCACAGGGAAGGGGUAUGAGGUGCAUUCAACCUCAUAGCAGUGCUGUAGGGGGGAUCACCCUGGCCGACGAUGUCGAGGGAUGGUGCAAGACCGUCCAAGCCAAUCAUGCCAAGGUAGAUGCGAGCCCCAAGGCUAUAGGAGAACCAUGUCUCUGCGAGGUAGAAGUGUUUGGCAUAAACACAAAGGCUUUGAUAGAUACCGGUUCGGUAGUUUCGAUAGUUCCUGUGGGGUUUUUGAAACUGGCCCGUCAGCAAGGGGUGGAUUUCAACACACAGGCUAGGAGGGUCGUUGAUUCUAAACAGCGCAAACUUGUUGAUGCUUCAGGAAACCUCAUGAGCUUUCUCGGGGAGCUAGUAGCUAAGGUUAGUAUACACGGGAAUGGAAGCAUUCCUGUACACUUACAUGUCCAGAAAACCGAAGAUACAACGCUACUUUUGGGGACUAAUGCCUUAUCGGAGCUUGGUAUUGCGCUAACUUUUCCAACAUUACCGAAUAAAGGAAGCACCGAUUGUCAACAGGUUCAUGCUGUAGCAAGAGUAGUUAUACCUCCGGGAUGCGUGGCCACGGUACAGAUCGAGGGAUCAUCUCAAUCAGGUCCCUGCCUGUUCUGGUCACGUCAUGACCGCAUAGAAUCGGGUGUGUGCGCAGUCGAGCAGAGCAAAUCCGAAAUAUCAGUGUUGAAUAGAGAAAGUGAACCUUGGGUUAUCCAAAAAGGGGAACAGUUAGGUACAUGGUCCCAUGAUUCAUGGAUAGAUCCUAGGAUAAGUGAAUUACCUGGCGAUAUGCUAGUAUUGAAGCAGCCUACAUUGGUAGAAGAUGCGGAAAGGAUAGGUAACCUGGUUGGUUUACUUGACGCCAAUAGAAGAGCAGGUCCUAUGCCUAUAGAGAUUAGGAGGGAAACCCUUAUCAUCUGCAACGAAUGCCAGACACGUCAGUUGGAAAUGUCCUGGAAAACUCGCCCAUGGAAACACCGUUUUGGAAUGCUCGAUCGAGGGAAGAGUGCCGGACGUCAUCCUGAAUUCGCCUCUCAGCUGCAUCAGCAUAGGAACGCCGCUGACAAGCGAUUGUUUUCAACAAUGAUGAUGCUUUGGGAAUCAAUCCUUGCGGCAUUAUUACUUAUCUUCGUGCAUGCUGAAGACUAUCAACCUUAUCGCUACCCUUCACACGCACCAAUAUGGAACUUGGCAAACGGCGUCCCAGAAAAACAAACGAUCGUUCUCAACAGCGAUAUGGUGCUUUGGAAAUCAAUCCUUGCGGCAUUAUUACUUGUCUUCGUGCAUGCUGAAAUCAGACAUCGUUCUCCCCACCCUUCACGUGCUCCAAUAUGGAACUUGCCACCCGGCCAACUUCCUUUUCCCGUUGAUGCAUUGUUACAACUCGCUAACCAGGUCCCACAACCACGUCCGGGUAAUCAAGUUCCACAACGUCCGAUAAACCAGCUUCCCGGACCACCUAACAACAUUGGCCCCCCACAAAUUCCGCAAGGACCGCAUCCGCCAGGCCCAUUGGCUCCAGUUGCACGACAUCGUCGAGAGAUGAAGAAACAUGCGUGA